CACACAGUUUAACCCUCUCACUCUUUUGCCGCUCACGCCGUCGUGCGACUGAACACCGUCGAGUCAAACUACCACUCAGUCACGACGGUCAACGGAAGCCACAACCGGCAACAAUCGUACGGCUGCGAUGGCGAAGAUCAUGUUAGGAUGCGAGCCGGUCGUCGGAUCAUUAACUCCGUCCAAAAAGAGAGAUUACAGAGUCACAAACAGGUUACAAGAAGGAAAACGUCCGAUAUACGCCGUCGUUUUCAACUUCAUCGACUCUCGUUUUUACAACGUGUUCGCUACCGUUGGCGGUAAUCGCGUUACUGUAUACCAAUGCCUCGAAGGUGGUGUUAUUGCUGUACUUCAGUCCUAUAUUGACGAUGAUAAGGACGAGUCUUUCUAUACUGUGAGUUGGGCUUGUGAUGCUGACGGGACACCGUUGCUAGUAGCUGGAGGAAUCAAUGGUAUAAUUCGCGUCAUUGAUGCUGGCAAUGAGAAGAUACACAAGAGUUUUGUUGGCCAUGGGGACUCAGUAAACGAAAUUAGAACACAAACCCUGCGACCUUCUCUAGUGCUAUCUGCAAGUAAAGAUGAAUCUGUUCGCUUGUGGAAUGUUCAAACUGGAAUAUGCAUUUUGAUAUUUGCUGGAGCUGGUGGUCAUCGCAAUGAAGUAUUGAGUGUGGAUUUCCACCCUUCGGAUAUAUAUCGUAUUGCCAGUUGUGGGAUGGAUAAUACUGUAAAGAUCUGGUCAAUGAAAGAGUUUUGGACAUAUGUUGAGAGAUCUUUUACAUGGGAGGGACUUCCUUCACAAUUUCCUACAAAAUACGUGCAGUUUCCGGUAUUAAUUGCUUCAAUUCAUACAAAUUAUGUCGACUGCAAUAGGUGGCUUGGUGAUUUCAUACUAUCUAAGAGUGUAGACAACGAGUUCAUAUUGUGGGAGCCGAAGAUGAAAGAGCAGUCUCCAGGAGAGGGCACGGUGGAUAUUCUUCAGAAAUAUCCUGUACCUGAUUGUGACAUCUGGUUUAUAAAGCUUUCCUGUGAUUUCCAUUACAAUGCAGCAGCUAUUGGUAACAGAGAAGGAAAAAUCUAUGUAUGGGAAUUGCAGACUAGCCCGCCUUCUCUUAUUGCAAGGUUAUCUCAUAUUCAGUCCAAAUCGCCAAUCAGGCAAACUGCUAUGUCAUUUGAUGGAAGCACAAUUCUGAGUUGCUGUGAAGAUGGCACCAUCUGGCGUUGGGAUACUGUUGCAACCUCGUAGCUUGUUUUGUUGGUUUGAAACAAGUCAUGUUGUGUACCAUGUAUAGUCCCUUCAGCAAUUUCGUUUGUUUUCUGUGGUGAUGAUGAGGCAUUUUAAUUUGUUCUUUUUUAAACUAUGAUAGUAGGAUGUAUUCGUUUAGUGACUGGCCAACUUGAUAUCUGUUUGUCGGUGUUAAGCUUGCAUAACGGGUUGAUUUGUCA